UGUAUUUUAACAUGUUGUAUCCUUCCUUGAGCCUUGAGGAGAGGCAGGAAAGAAAUCUCUUCAAAGAAACAAUGCCUUCAGGCUGAGCAGAAAAUUAGGUGGCUUUCCAGAUGUAUUUGGAUCUCAGAGAUAUAACCGGGGAUGCUGCUUCUAGUGCUCUCAGUAUCUUCCUCUGCUGUUUAAUCUCUGUUCCUUGGAGCAGAAGCAGCAAUAGCCAUCAUCACCAGACAAGCAGCUUCAGACUUCUGAAAGCAGUGGAAGAGUUUCCCCACUUCUCAUCCUCUUUCUCCAGUUAGCCAGUCAACACAGACAGCUUCCUUUGGCAGAAUACUUGCACUCAGGAUUAAAGUCUCAGUACCAUACCUCUGCGCAGCAUGGAAUCCACAUGCCGAAGAAGGUGGUCUCUUCAACUGGGCUGUCUACUGAUGGUGAAUUUAGUUUAUGGCAACCUAGACUAUCUGAAAGAAGCCCCUGCCAGCCUGGGAGAAAUUGAUAAUCAGUGCUGGGAAACCUCCUCUCAGAAGCUGGUGGAAAUGAAGAAACUUAGGGUAGCAGGCACAGUUGUUGCUCUCUGGGAAUUCAUGAUGUUCUUAAAAGAGUCCUCUAAGCCCAAGCAUAAUGAUGUCUUCAAUGAUUUAGCACAGGACUUCUGGGAUAUGUACAUAGACUGUGUGCUCUCCAGGACUCAUGGGAUGGGCAGGAGACAAUUACGAUCCUCAGACAACACUUUAACAAAUGCACAGAAAACUUCAGAAGGUGUCACAGAUUUCAACUUUAGGGAAAGGAAACAAAUGUACAGAAGACACCACAAGAAACUGAUGCCAAACUAGAGGAAGCCAGAUUGCUUUUCAAAAAGCAGACCAUUUACUAUAGAUGUUUCUGAGAAUUAUUUCUUGUGAUCCUUUUGAUUAGAUUAUAAUUUGAUAAGCAUGUACCAAACAAUCACUGCCAACAUGACCUCUUUUCUCAUCUGUUAGACGAUCCCACUGCAAAUGUUUUAUUUAUUUUGAGGAAAUUACCUGUGUUCUCUCAGGUAAAGCCCUGUCUUUAAGAUCAUUAUAAUACAUUUGUAAACUCCUCUUUUUUGGGUGGGAGAAUUCUCUCAUUUUAAAAAGUGCUAAAUUCGGUGGAAACUCAAUAUAUUUUUUAUACACUAUCAAAUUGCAGUGCAGUAACAACAAGUAUAUUUGUCUCAUAGAGGAGAUUUAAUUGUACAGAAAACAAGA